ACUACGAUGUCUAUGACUACACACGUCAAAAACUGUCUAAAAUUAAAGGUUAAUUAGAGAAAAAUCAUAAUUUGAGGAUUACAGAUAUUUUCUGGGAUUUUAUUCAUAUAUAUUCGUUAUAUACUUUAUUACGAUAUAGGAAACAUCAGCUCUGUUUGUGUAAGACGUAAGGAGUUAACUAUUUCAGUGUAAUAACUUUCGUAGGGCCAGUCAAUUUUACUUCGCAUCUAAAAUUUCUGCGGUGCUAAUCUAAAAGACAUUUCAAUUUUUGGAUUUAUAAGUUGAGAUGUUAUUUUGAGUUAUUACCGUCAGAAAUCGAAACAUCGGUUGUUACUUCAGCAAAACUUUCUGAAAGUUAAUAAGAUACUUCGUACGUUCAAAAAAUGGAAGCAACGACUGAUCAGAUAGCUGUAGACAAUAUUGAAACGAAUUCCACUGCGGAAUGUCCGUUCAACAACGGUUUAAGGGAUGAUACAAAUGAAGAAGUAAGCGAUGAGAGAAAGUUCCAUGUAUUGGAUGAAACCAAUGAGUCUGAUUCACCUGAAUACGACAGUGAUUCAGAUGUUCCCGAUGAGGAAGUAGAAAAAAUGUUAGAGGAAGCAUUGAAUAAUAAAAAACGAACUGCAACUGAAGCCGAAUUAGAUAAAGACAAAUCUUUUGAAGAGAAGGACAAGCCUGUAUUGAUUGAAAGGGGGCAGAAUCAUUUUGAAAUAUUACCAGAAGGAUGGAUUCAUGUUAUUCAUAAUAGCGGAAUGCCUAUUUAUUUGCAUAAAACAACUAGAGUAUGCACUCUAUCUAAACCAUAUUUUCUUGGGCCAGGAAGUGCAAGGAAACAUGAAAUUCCCAUAAGUGCCAUACCCUGCCUAAAUUACAAGAAAGCCCUUGAAAUGGAAAAGAACAAGAGUACUCAAGAGGGCAAUUUAGAAAUGCCGAACGCACGUAUAGAAACUGUUGCUGAGAAUUCAAAAAACAGCAAUCUGGCCCCAGAACACGUGAAAGAGUACUGCGAGAAACUGUUCCAAUUCAGGACAAUCAAAGUGAUGAAAUUUAAGUCUUGGUCCGAAAGACGAAAAUACUCUAAGAAGAAAAAGACCGAAAAGCAACUUCAAAGACCCACAUUACCCGAUGGUACGAAGCUAAUAACAUUCCCCAUUCAAAGCAACGACAAUGACGGUACUAACGGGACAAAUAGUAAAAAAGAAUGGAUCAUGAACCCCAAUGGAAAAUCAUAUGUCUGUAUUCUGCAUGAAUAUGUUCAACAUGCACUUAAGAAACAACCUUCUUAUAAAUUCACUGAAUUAGAAAAUGCUGCUACGCCCUAUGCUGCCGCAGUUUUAAUAAAUGACAUGCAAUACGGUGUUGGGUAUGGUACGAGCAAGAAACAGGCAAAAUCGGAGGCUGCAAAGGCAACUUUAGAAAUUUUGAUACCAGAAAUGAAAUCUAAAGUAAUUACUGACUCAAAAGUGUCAUCUACUGCCAGCAAAGCUCAAGAAUGUGAACUAUCAUUUUUUGACAAAAUAAAAGUGGAAGAUCCGCGAGUGGCCGAAUUUUGUGCCAAAACAACUGAACCGUCACCUCACGACAUACUUCUUACCUGUCUCCAGCGUAACUUUGGCCUGGGAGACAUACAAAUUAGCUAUCAAGGGAAUAUGUUAAAUCAACAGAACGAAUUUACGAUGAUGGUGGGAAAGCACACUGCAACAGUUGUGUGCAGGAACAAAAGGGAUGGAAAACAGAGGGCUUCGCAGGCCAUAUUGCAAGCUCUACAUCCCCAUAUAACGUCUUGGGGCUCCCUUUUGCGAUUAUACGGAAAUAGAUCGAUUAAAAGUUUCAAAGAAAAGAAAUUAGAGGAACAAGAGAUAACGUUAUUGCAGAGUAAAGCGGCUGUGAAUUCCCCAAAUUUUGCUAUUCUAGACAAAUUAAAAACUGAACUAUCGAAGCUUAAAGACAAAAGAAAUUCAGUUAAGCCAGUCGGUGUGUUCAUACCGCCCCCCACGGACCAACUGCCACGGUUUUCUAGCUCAAACUUGAAGAACGUUGACCUAUGACAACAUUAGACAAUUAUUAAAUCUCCGUUAAAUACAUAAUAGUUACUCCGCAUAGAGUAAUCAGUUAUUUUUUAUGUUCAGACUAAAAUAAAAUAGUAUUGUUUAUUUGUGUUCAUUUUCUCUUUGUGGAAAUAUAACUAAUUGAAGACCUUU